CUCUUGGCUCGCUCACCGUUGUCAAUGUGAGUCAAUGAUCGGACUCGAUAACGACGCCUUUCGUAUUACACGAGGCAGCUGCGGACUUCUCUUCAUCGAUCCCAGGAGCACUUUAGUUCUAGUACAUAAGGCAGCGACCUCAUCCGCAGGCGGUCUUCCCUAAAUCCCUCCCACCAUCACGAUGCCACGAAUUCUACCCAACAAACCCGACGCGGUGGAAAUUCCAGCUUGCCACGUUUCCGACUGUCCUCUGACCGUAGACCUCGUUCUCAAGACUUCAGACGGGAAGAAACUUGGUGCCCAUUCGAGGAAUCUAGAAGUUUACAACACUGCCUUUCCUUGUCUUGACUCAGUAACGCAUCGGAUAGAGGACCUCGUGGAACUCGCUGAGGACGCAGAAACUCUAAAACUCCUCCUCGAGUACUCCCAUAACUGCAAGCAUUCUGAUCUGCGAAAGCUUGAUGUUGAUGUUGUUAUUGCUUUUGCGACCGCUGCGGAGAAGUAUGGAAACUUUUUUGCUUCGGAGGUGUGUAAAGUGGCGAUGAGGGACUUUCAACGGUUCAAGUCUGCGAAUCAUUCGUUAGCCGUCCUUGCAUUCCGAGCCUUCCACGGGGAUCUGGAAGAAAUCGAGAGACUGGCUGGUCGGACGGUGAACUUGCCUCUAUCCACUGUAUGGACAUAUUGCAAGAAAGACCCGUUGUUCUUUUACAUAUGGACUGAAUUCAGGGAACAAUGGCGAAUAUCCCAAAAAGUCUUUUCUCGCGCUCUAAAUAAGACACCUCGAUCGUCAGACACCGAGACAAAGCAACUGAAGAUUAUUAGGGCCCUGGUAGCGGAAUGCGUUGUCUCACGUUUCGAUGUUGAUGCCCUAGAUAACGCCAUCACUACCGCGAGGGUGUGA